AUAUUUCAAGAUCUGGGAACUGAUGUUAUACAGUCAGCUGUGGAAGGUUAUAAUGCCUGUUUAUUUGCCUAUGGUCAAACCAGUACUGGAAAAACUUAUACUAUGACAGGCACAGAGGUAGAUGAAGUUGGUUUGAUUCCCAGAAUAUGUGAGGGUCUAUUUAGCCAUGUUGAAGCAUGUGAAGAUGAACAAACCACAUUUAAAAUAGAAAUAAGUUAUUUAGAAAUUUACAAUGAAAGAGUAAGAGAUUUAUUAAAACCUGGUUUUACCAAUGAAAAAUAUACAUUAAAAGUUAGGGAACAUCCAAAAGAUGGCCCUUAUGUACAAGAUUUAUCAUCACAUACUGUUAAGAAUUAUAGUGAAAUAUUUAAUUUAUUGGAUACUGGCAAUGAAAAUAGAACCACAGCAACAACUCAUAUGCAUGAACACAGUAGUCGUAGUCAUGCUAUAGUUACCUUACUUUUUACUCAGGCUUUACUUGAAGAUGAUCUACCUCGUGAAAUUAUCAGUAAAGUUCAUCUGGUAGAUUUAGCUGGCAGUGAAAGAGCUGAUACCACAUCCACAUUAAAUUAUAAAAGUAGAUUAAAGGAGGGGGCCAAUAUAAAUAAAUCUCUAGUAACACUUGGCAAUGUCAUCAAAUCAUUGGGUAAGAUAUUUAUCAGAAUAGAAGAUCCCAGUUCACCACGACGUCCACAAACAUUAUUUAUACCAUAUCGUGAUUCCGUCCUGACAUGGUUACUACGUGAUAGUUUAGGUGGAAAUUCUAAAACUAUUAUGAUAUCAACUAUAACCCCUGCUAGUCAAUAUUAUAAUGAAACAUUAAGUACAUUGAGAUAUGCUCAAAGAGCUAAAAAUAUUGUAAAUAAACCUACUAUUAACGAGGUAUGUAUUGAGUGUUUGUUUAAUUACUAUCUCAGACACAUUAUAUCUCUAUAA